AUGUCGCGCAAAGGACUCAAGGGCAGCAGUACCAUCGGUGGCAAUGACGUGCUGACUAUCGACCAGCUGCGCCACCAGGACGACUGGGUGCUGGACACGGAACGGUACCGCUGUCACGUCUGCACGCGCAACUUUACACGCUUUCGGCGAAAACACCACUGUCGCAAGUGUGGCGAAGUAGUGUGUGGCAACUGUACGCUGAAGAAAGAGGCAGAGCUACCUGUUAUUGGUCGCUCCCUUGUUCGAGUGUGUAUGUCUUGUAUCCUGUCGCACGCCAACAGCCAGGCCAAUCCACAAGCGCCACCUGCUGCUCCUACGUCUGGCUCAGCUGGCACAGCUACGUCGCCUCCGCCGCGCGAAGAGCAUUGGGAGGCGCAGAACUUUCACUCGCCUACGGGAAAUUCAGAGGGUGAUUUGUCGCACUUCUCGCGCGAUUACCAGCAGCCUGACUUCGAUUACCCGCUCGACUUUAGCUGGGACCACCCGUGGCCCAAGCCCCCGAUUGUACCGGGUGAGUCUGACCGCCUCGAAGUUCUCCGUGGGUUUGACAUCAUGGAUACGCCUAGUGAAGACGUGUUUGAUAUUAUCUGUGACCUUGCGAGCAAUGCUCUCAAGAGCCCAAUCGCGGCUGUGAGUCUGCUGGACGAGGACCGCGAGUGGUUCAAGGCUAGCGUUGGCCUCGCACAGAACGAAGUGCCGCGGUCUGUAUCUUUCUGCGCGCACGCCAUCAUGUCCAAGGAGCCGAUGGUCGUUAUGGACACUCUACUGGACAAGCGAUUUGCAAAGAAUCCGCUGGUGACGGGUGCGGCGAAGAUCCGGUUUUAUGCUGGAGCACCGAUUUGUACGCCGUCCGGCCACCUGCUCGGAACAGUGUUUGUGUUCGAUACGCAGCCGCGUAAUACGUGCGAUAUUGCAACGCUCGAAAAGCUAUCGAACGUGGCGAUGAAGAAUCUGGAGGACCGCAAGAACGCGGUGGCCACGCCUCUUGAUAAUGGUGAAGCGGUGGAAGUUGUUGAUGAUGACAUGCACCAGGGAGAAAAUAUGAAGCGCACCGCUGAGCCGCUCCGGGGAUCAGGAUAUGGAAUCGCGAACCAAGUUGUGGCUCAACCGGUUUCUGGGACGUCGCAAGAUCUCGUAGCAGCUAACACUGGCGAUGGUCAAGUGACGGCAGGUCCGAAGAUGGAGACGAUGCUCAUGGAUCUGCUAUGCCGCACUACUGAAACUCAGCAGCAGUUAGCAACACAGCAGGGAGCAAUGUUCCAUACACUAGGUCAACACACUGCUGAUAUCGACAAGUUGGCGACAGCGAUGGCGCGAAUGGAGGCAAAAUUAGACGCGAUGGUGGAAUAA